AUGAUUGCUUCUGAUGGUGAUCAUCUCAUUUCUUUGAUCGAUGAGAUCUCCUAUGUUGCGCCACCCUCGCCAAUGUUGUCACAGUAUGAGGAUAUACCAGCAGAAUAUUUUUGCAAUAGUGAUAAUCGCCCCUCCGAUUGUGGUGAAAACUGCCAAUGCACACAUAAAAUAGACAUACCACUCGAUGCAAUUGUAGAAAUCGUCCUCGUUGAUGAAGUUCAACAGGUUAAUUUAAGUCAUCCGUUCCAUUUGCACGGCACCUCAUUUCAUGUACUCGGUUUGGGUCGCUCGCCCGAUAAUAAUGUGAAACGUAUGAAUUUGCAACACGCUAUCGAUUUAGACAGAAGAGGCAUGUUAAAGCGCAGAUUCGUCAAGCCUGCCUUGAAGGAUACAGUAGCAGUUCCUAAUAAUGGCUAUACAGUCAUCAGAUUUCGUGCUGAUAACCCUGGAUUUUGGUUAUUUCACUGUCAUUUUCAGUUUCAUAUUGUGAUUGGUAUGAAUUUAGUGAUACAAAUUGGUUCUAAAAAGGAUUUACCACCAAUUCCACCUAAUUUUCCACGCUGCGGAAAUCAUGUUCCUCCGAUUUUAAUGUGAAAUUAUAUUGUCUAAUGUAAUAAUACUAUCGUAAUAUAUGAAGUUGGUCGUGUCAUAGUACUAA